CCUCGUUGAAAGUGGUGCACAAGAUUGCCCUCGCUCCGAAGCCAGUUUAUGCUGUACCCAUACGAAGGGAAUACUGGGAACUUGGAAACCGAAACCGCCCGAAGUUUGAAAUCCCUGCUUGUACGGCCCCACUGUCACAACGUGCUGACACUCACUCUCCCUCUGUCAAAAACCCUAGUGCCUACGUCGGUUCGUAUCUCCACGGAGAUGGAACACCCACUUCAAUCUUCAAGUGAGCCAAACAGUAGGUCUUGCUUCGCCCCUUUGCAAGUUACGUUCUUUUCUUCAAUGCUGUGUUUCCUUUGAUUUCUUCACUUAAUGUUCUGGGAGCUUAAUCGCCAACGAUGAGUUCCUUCACCGAUAGAAGUCGUUCUAAGCUGCUUGGGAAAAGGCCAUUUGGCCAUGGUGGAACAUCUACGCAGCAUGUUGGCGGUGCGAGCUGCCAAAAAAGCCCAUCCAAAGAGGCUAAUGAUGAUCGUGCUAUUGUUCCUUUUGGUGAGACCAGAACAGGGCUGCAUCAGAAGAAAGUCAAGGAGGCUCUGCAGCUCUUAGAGGAUGAAUUUGAAAAGCUCUUGGAGGAAAAAAAAUCACGGUCUAAGGGAAACCAAGUUUCCGCCAGGUCAGUUCGUAAGGAAGCCGCAAUGCGUCUCAAGGUGCAGAAAAAAUGGAUUAACACGGAGAAGCGGCUGGGACCAGUCCCCGGUGUUGAUGUCGGAGAUGGGUUCCGAUUCAGGGUUGAACUGGUAGUUAUUGGGCUUCAUCAUCAGUUUGAAGGAGGUAUAGAUUACAUGAAAAAAGAUGGGAGGGUUCUUGCCACAAGCAUUGUUGCCUCCGGUGCGUAUGCAAAUGUGGCAGUAUCUGCUGAGGUUCUUAUGUAUUCUGGGCACGGUGGCAAUCCUUCGGUUCGAUGUAAGAAUCCUGAAGAUCAAAAACUCGAAAGAGGUAACCUUGCUUUGAUGAAUAGCAUGGAUGAGGGAUCACCAGUGAGGGUUAUUUUUGGUUGCAAAAAUUUGAGGAAAUUCAAAAUGAUUCUGGGGAGAAGUAGGGAGAGGAAGGUUGCAUAUGUAUACAAUGGGCUGUACAAGGUGACCAAUUGUAGCCAAAAAAGAGGGCCACAUGGCAAAUUGGUUUAUAUGUUUCGAUUGGAUAGGAUGCCUGAGCAACCAACUGGCAUUCUGAAGACGCCUAAAGCACACAAGGUACCUGUAGUGAUUCUUGAUAUUUCUCAAGGGCGAGAGAAGAAGCCCAUUCCUGUCGUCAACGCCGUAGAUGAUGAGAAGCCCCCGUCAUUCAAUUACCUACUUCAAAUGAUUUAUCCCGAACGGUAUGCUCUGAACAUGCUUGUUGGUUGUGAUUGUGUUAAUGGAUGCUCGGAGUUGGUGAGCUGUGCAUGCACCAUGAAAAAUGGUGGCACAAUUCCAUUCAAUUCCAAUGGUACUAUCAUUAAGCCGAAGCCUACUGUCUAUGAGUGUGGUCCAUCCUGCAAAUGCCCUCCUUCUUGCAAGAAUAGGGUUAGCCAACAUGGUGUCAAGUAUCAACUGGAGGUUUUUAGGACUGAAUCUAGGGGAUGGGGUGUUCGAAGCCGGGAUUUCAUUUCGUCUGGAAGCUUUGUUUGUGAGUAUGUUGGAGACUUUGUGAUUAGCAAGCCAAGAACUGGAAAUGGCAGUUACAGUUAUUUCUUGUUGGAAGCUUUGAAUGGCUAUAGAUGUACUAUUGAUGCGACACAAUACGGGAAUGUGGCAAGGUUCAUCAACCACAGUAGCUCUCCAAACCUUCAUUCCCAAAAGGUGUUUUAUGAUCUUGGUGACAAGAGCGUGCCACACAUUAUGUUCUUUGCUGCCAAAAGCAUACCUCCUUCACGAGAGUUGACACAUGAUCCCCAAGUGCGCGAAGGUAAUGGCUACCCAAAGAAGUAGAAUCUCUCAUUCUCGUCUAGCAUCAUCUUCAAAAAUUUAAGAUACUAGCUCUUUUGUGGAUUGUUUUUGUUAGUAAGUUUUUAUGGCAUA